AACAAUCCAACAACUAUAAAAAGUUCCCAAAAAAACGUAAAGGGACUUCAACAUCCGUGCCUUUUGAGCCAAAAAUUGCAGAAAUGCGAUGAAGGCACCCCGAUCUCAUCUCUUAGAGGUCAGCUUGAGUCAUACCACUGAUGAAACAGAUAACAGGAAGACCCUGGUCUACAAGCAGCUUUUUCCAGUCCUAUGCAGUGGAAGUAGAUGUAAAGGAUGCCUCUAAUGCUACGUGCCUGUACGCGAAAUGGAUGAUGAGAUUCUUGAUAAAAUAUGAAACAAACAGUAGUGAUUAUAAAAACACAACGUUGCAUUUGUCAUCCAGUGUGACACACAAUGGAAGCGUCUGUGGCAAUGACACACAAGCUGCGCUUCUGGCAGUCCAGUUUGGAGAAGGUCACUCUUGGAGCAUUAACUUUACAAAAACUAAUGAAACUUACCAGGGGGACUUCAUCACAUUUACCUACAACACCAAUGAUACUGCUGUAUUUCCCGAUGCUAAAAGAAAAGGACCAAUUACUAUUGUUGUAAAGGAUAUUAUGCAUCCAGUUCAACUGAAUAACGUCUUCGUCUGUCAUACUACUGACUUUGUUGAAGCAGAGAAUGUAACGCAGAUUUUCUGGAAUGUUACUGUGCAGGCUUUUGUUCAGAAUGGCACAAUCAGUAAAAAAGAGUCUAGAUGUCGCGCUGACACACCUACUUCUGCACCUACUGUUCCGCCUACUAUUGCCAAUGUAACUACUGCAUCUACCACCACUUUAUCACCUGCUCCAACCACUGCUCCCAAACCUGUGGAGAAUCCAGACACAGGAAACUAUUCUCUCAAAAGUGGAAACAAAACUUGUUUUCUGGCUACUGUGGGGCUGCAGCUGAAUGUUUCCCGCGACAAGCCUCUUCUGAUCAACAUCAAUCCAAAGACAACUAGCGCAGAUGGUACAUGUGGUAACACAACAGCUACUCUGAAACUGAAUGAUGGAAAUAGCACAUUGAUCAGUUUCACAUUUGUUGUUAAAAAUGCAAGUGCAAGUGUACAAAAAUUUUAUCUGAAAGAGGUGAAUGUUACACUGCUCAACCGUCUGAAUGGUUCUGUCAUUUCAAAUGCAGAUAACAACAAUUUCAGCAAGUGGGAUGCUUACCUUGGUAGUUCUUACAUGUGCCGAAAAGAGCAAACUCUUGAGAUUAAUGAAGAUUUUCAAGUACAUACUUUUAAUCUAUGGAUUCAGCCAUUCCUUGUGAAGGCAAAUAAGUUCUCUACAGCCGAAGAAUGCUUUGCUGAUUCUGACCUGAACUUUCUUAUUCCCAUCGCAGUGGGCAUGGUGCUUGGCUUCCUUAUCAUUCUUGUCUUUAUAUCUUACAUCAUUGGAAGAAGAAAAAGUCGUACUGGCUAUCAGUCUGUAUAAUCUCUUAAUUCCAUCUCUGUUGCCACCUUUCCUGCCCUUCUCCUUUUCCCAGCCUCCCUGAUCUGCCUCUUUAAAAGGAAGAAAAACAAAUGAAUUCAUAGUUUCUUUAUUUCAAAAAUUAAAAAAAACAAUUCACGACAGAAUAAUGUGCCGUGAGUCUGAAGAUGAGUUGCAGAAUUACUUGAAGCUGUUGUACGAUUUUAGAGAAAGUAAGUGUUCUGAGGACCAUAGAAUUGAGUAGGGCUGAUGCGUGUCCACAUGAGAAAUGUGAUUAUUUUGAGUAAAGAAGACAUCUAUGAAACUUUAUUUCUGUUCUUUAACUUUUUAUACAAGAAAAUUUCUAGUUGCAUACAGCUUAUCUCGGAUAAUGCUAAACCUAAAACCAUAAUUAAAGGUGUGAAUGCUAUGUCGAAAGGGACUGUAUGUGCUAGGGGAAAAUGAAUACCAAGCUCUUAACAGAUUUCUAUUGGGAACUUGGCAUAUGGCUGUUGUCUUUCUUCAUUAGCAGCUUGUUCUUGUGAAUCAGUCUGAAUUUCCUAUUCCUUCUGAAUGUAAAGGUAGUACCUGAUCUCACUAAUAAACUAACAUAAUAUGAGAAGAACAUCUGAUUCUUCUAGUAAAUUAAUUUGUUUAACAUCAGUACGGAGAAGUUGACUGCUAAUGUAUGUUAAAUAGCUUUGCGCUAGCAUGAUGUCUUUAAUGUCUUUUAUUCACUAAGAUAAGGUUCAGUCCUGGAGAACUUUCACGACUCGGAAAAGCCAACAGUCUGCUAAAGGAAAUGCAUCCCGUGCUGUUUUGUUUGACUGUUUUCCCUUUUGUUCUGCGCUCAAUUGUGAAAUGAGGGCAGGAGGCUGGAAUUUCACUGCCUGCAGUUUGUCUCAGCUUUGAUUCUGUGCACGUAAAAGAAAUUACACAAUGUUUCAGCAUGGGUCCAUGUGAGGCUCAAGAGUACUUUGAGAGCUCUCUAAGAGUUAGUAAGAACACAGCUUGUUAGAGAUUCCUGCAGUUCCUUUGGACAGCUUUUGUGGGUUAACAGGGUCACUGAAAAGCUGUGAUCUGGGAAUGCAAGUGAAGGUAUAAAACUGGUCUGUUUUGAUAGAAUUAAGCUGCUUUUAACCUCCUAAUUAUUGCUCUCCCAAACAACAGUUGAAUAGUGUAAGAGCACAAAAUUUCUAGUAUGAGGAAUGCUGAUCAUAAAGCUGAAGCGAAUAUAUAUAGUGAAGAAAAUGACUUCCAAAGGAAUAAGAGCAUCUGCCUUGUUUGAAGAUGCUUUCUUUGUUAAUGCCAUACCUUUUGCAGUUCUGUGUUCCAUAUCUAAACUGUACCAAAAUAGAAGCUAGUCAUUUGUGGCUGUAUUCUGCUUCAUUCCCAUCAGGUUCAUGUUGAUAGGAUGAAAGAAGCCUCUUGCUCUUUCAACCUCUUUGGUCCAUCUUGGUAAAAACCUUUUGCAGCUAGUAAACCCUGAUUUCCAACUGUGGGACAGCGCAAGAACUGCCAGGUCUGCAGAGAGCUACUGACGGCACACAAAGUUUCUGUCUGCUGUGGCAAGUGUUUACUAAAGCUUCUUUAAUAUUUAAUCUCUUUGUGCACUGAGCCUGUAUCUAUGUUGUAGGGAAAGCACCUUCAAUAAUUCACAUGCACAAAGGAGACAGUCAACACUGAUGUUUAAGAAACUCACAAUAGCUAUAUAUUCAGGAAAGGGAGAUUUCUAUAGAGUUUUGAUGUUUGAGAAAUACCUGUACGUUCACUUAUUCUUGUCCUCACUGUGACCAAAGAUAAGCUUUACCUGAAUCUGACAAAACUGAUUUUUGUAUUGCAAAUAGGCUCUUGAACCAAGUUGUCUUUUUUUAAGAGUGUAAUUUAAUGCUGCUGAGUUGGACCGUGUGCUUUGGUUUUGGUUGUCUUGGUCUUUUGUGUUGUACCUUUGCUCUCACAAUACUUGAUUUCCCUGCCAGAGUGGUAAACGGUGAAUUAUUUUGAGACUGGCAAUUUCUGAGUAACACCUGCUUGUCAGAGUGUGUUGCUUCUCUGCUGCCAGCAGAUGGAUUCAAUCCAUGGUUUCAUGCUCAGAUUGCAGAUCCAAGUAUUUUGCAUCGCUUUUGCUAGGUUAUUUUAGUAAAACGUGGCAAUUUCCUAGAUGCACAUACGUAUAUAUUUGAUAUAUACAUAUAAGCUAUUAUUUUGGGCUUCAACAGAAGUCGAAAAUUCAGCCGGCACUUUAAGGUUGUGGUAGCAUGAAGAGUGGUGUAUACAAUUCUCUAAAUCUUGAAAUGACUGUACCAAUAUGCUGAAAGCAGAAUAUGUGUAUGGAAAAUAAAGUUGACUAUGGUGUUUAUAAA